AUGAGGUCCACAAACACAGAAUAUCUCCCCUGGUCACCGUCCCUCUGCUACACUGGAACCACACUCUACUGCACUGGAACCACACUCUACUGCACUGGAACCACACUCUACUGCACUGGAACCACACUCUACUGCACUGGAACCACACUCUACUGCACUGGAACCACACUCUACUGCACUGGAACCACACUCUACUGCACUGGAACCACACUCUACUGCACUGGAACCAAGCUCUACUGCACUGGCACCACACUCUACUACACUGGAACCGAGCUCUACUGCACUGGAACCAUACUCUACUGCACUGGAACCACACUCUACUGCACUGGAACCAUACUCUACUGCACUGGAACCACACUCUACUGCACUGGAACCAUACUCUACUGCACUGGAACCAAGCUCUACUGCACUGGAACCACACUCUACUGGACUGGAACCGAGCUCUACUGCACUGGAACCAAGCUCUACUGCACUGGAACCACACUCUACUGGACUGGAACCGAGCUCUACUGCACUGGCACCACACUCUACUACACUGGAACCGAGCUCUACUGCACUGGAACCAUACUCUACUGCACUGGAACCACACUCUACUGCACUGGAACCAUACUCUACUGCACUGGAACCACACUCUACUGCACUGGAACCAUACUCUACUGCACUGGAACCAAGCUCUACUGCACUGGAACCACACUCUACUGGACUGGAACCAAGCUCUACUGCACUGGAACCAAGCUCUAA